CUUUGACUGGCUUGGACUCGCUUGGUGGGGUUUUCUGUAAAAAAGUUGUUUGCUUUGAUCUUCUGUGUUACAAUGGAGAAAAUUUCUCUGAAUGAUGAUGAAUAGUUUCGAUAAUAAUUUAUAUGGGUCUACCAUUUCGUUUGCUAGUUGUUUGAGCAUUACUAUAUAGCUGGUUUUUCGUCAUAGUAGAGAUUAAAGUUUCGUUUUUUCCUCUCUUUCUCCAUCGGCAUUAAUGAUUUCAAUCUCUGAGAUCAAGUUAGUGAAUUCUCUGUCACAUUAAAGGCCAUUCAAAAUUCGAUUUUGAUGCUUGUUCCUGAUUUUUGUAACAGCUGAUUGAGAAGCGAAAAAUGCUUGAAUCAGGAAUUUGCAAGUAUGCGUGAACAAAGGAGCAAGAAACAAUGAUCUAAAGAAGAUGAAGGUGAGCCUAUCACUCUCUCUCUCUAUCUCUAGACAUUCACUCAUCAAUCAUGCGGUGUAUUAUAACUCAAGUAGUAAUCAUGUUGUACAUAAUUCCCUGUGAUUCAAGUUCCACUUACUGUUAGAGAGACGUUUCCUAAGAUGGUGAUGGAAGAAAGAUCUUGUCAUACUGCUAACAGAGUUGGGGAUGUCCAAAUGGGUAAUGGUCAUAAGCGUGGAAGAAGCGAAGAUUCAUCCAGCAACAAUGUUAGUAUAGGUGUGGAGACUGAUAAACAGGAUAUGUUGUCAAACAAAGCCCAAAAGAAGUGGGUCUUUGGAAAAUGUGUCAAUCUUUCAGCUGUGGAUGCCCCAUGUUUCAAAGAAAUGAUGACUGUAGAUGGUGGUCAGAUGGGGCUUGAGAGCUCUGAUUGUCAUGAUUUAAACGGAUGGAGGCUUCAAGAUGCAUUAGAGGAAGUACAAGAUCGUGUGGAGAAGAUUAAAGAAUCGUGGGCGAUCACAGGAUGCAGCAUCUUGUUGGAUGCUUGGGUUGACCAGAAAGGCCGUGAUCUUGUUACUUUUGUUGCAGAUUGUCCAGCGGGUUUAGUGUAUCUGAUAUCAUUUGAUGUUUCAGAUUUUAAAGACGAUGUCACUGCCUUACUAUCGCUAGUAAAUGGGCUUGUUGAGGAAGUUGGAGUGCGUAAUGUGACUCAAAUUAUUGCAUGUUCAACCUCUGGUUGGGUUGGUGAAUUGGGUGAGCUAUUUGCGGGUCAUGACAGGGAAGUUUUCUGGUCUGUGAGUGUAUCCCAUUGUUUCGAGCUUAUGCUGGUGAAGAUUAGCAAAAUACGUUCAUUUGGAGACAUAUUUGACAAAGUCAAUAACAUCUGGUUGUUCAUCAACAACAAUCCCUCAGUUCUGAACAUUUUCAGAGAUCAGUGUCAUGGAAUAGACAUAACAGUCUCCUCCUCUGAGUUUGAGUUUGUGACGCCAUAUCUAAUUCUAGAGAGUAUUUUCAAGGCGAAGAAAAACUUGACAGCCAUGUUUGCCUCAUCUAAUUGGAAUAACGAACAGUGCAUAGCAAUAUCAAAUUUGGUGAGUGACUCCUCUUUUUGGGAAACAGUUGAAAGUGUUCUGAAAUGUACAUCUCCUCUGAUUCACGGUCUGCUCUUGUUUUCAACUGCCAACAAUCAGCAUCUUGGAUAUGUUUAUGACACUAUGGACAGCAUAAAGGAGAGUAUCGCGAGAGAAUUCAAUCACAAGCCACAAUUUUACAAGCCGUUAUGGGAUGUGAUAGAUGAUGUUUGGAACAAGCAUCUUCACAAUCCUCUUCAUGCUGCUGGUUACUUUCUGAACCCGACUGCUUUCUACUCAACAAAUUUCCAUCUUGAUAUAGAAGUUGUCACUGGUCUUAUCUCCUCUCUGAUUCAUAUGGUAGAAGAUUGUCACGUUCAAUUCAAAAUUUCCACACAGAUUGAUAUGUACAGACUCGGUAAAGAUUGCUUUAACGAGGCGAGUCAAGCUGAUCAGAUCACUGGAAUCUCUCCAGCUGAAUGGUGGGCUCAUAAGGCGAGCCAGUACCCAGAACUGCAGAGCUUGGCCAUUAAAAUUCUGAGCCAGACAUGUGAAGGUGCUUCAAAGUACAAGCUGAAGAGAAGCUUAGCAGAGAAGUUGUUGCUCAGUGAAGGAAUGAGCAAUCGUGAAAGACAGCAUCUGGAUGAGUUGGUAUUCGUUCAAUACAAUCUUCAUCUACAAAGCUACAAAGCCAAAUUAAGUGAAGAGAUUGAUGUUUAUAAGGACUGACCCAUUUUAGUUUGUAUAUUCAUCAAAGCUCACACCUUUAGAAUCAAUGCUGGUGAAACAAGCAGCUAUGCACAUCAUUAUUUAUUCCUUGUUAUUUUGUGAUCUUUUAUUUUGGGCCAGAACUCUCCAUUAGC